AUGCACGACAAGCCAUUCUUAAGAAGUUUGUUAACAACGAAAAAAAUAACAUCAGCCUUGCUGGAAACAGAGAUCUCAAGUGUUUGGAAAUGUGGAAACACUUUGUCACCUGCACAACACAGGAGAACACACACUCGAGAAAAAUCUUACAGCUGUAAUGACUGUGGGAAGGCUUUUAGCAAAAGCUCAAACCUCAGGAGUCACAGGAGAAUUCAUUCGGGACAGAAACCUUACAGAUGUAGUGAGUGUGGCAAAGCUUUUAACCACCAGUCACACCUCACAACACAUCAGAGAGUGCAUACAGGAGAGAAACCUUACAAAUGCACAUGCAAAGCCUGUGCUGAACAGUCAAGCUUUAACAGACAUAAGAGAAUCCAUACUAGACAGAAAUCAUACAGAUGUCUUAAGUGUGGCAAAGCCUUUACAGUGCACUCGUAUCUUACUCAACAUGAGAGAGUCCAUACUAGAGAGAAACCACACAGAUGUAAUGAGUGUGGCAAGCAUUUUACACAGCAUUCAAACCUUAUGGCACACCAGAGAAUUCAUACAGGAGAAAAACCUUUUAAAUGUAAUAAAUGUGAUAAAGCUUUUACUGAACAGUCACAACUUUGGGGUCAUGAGAGAACUCACACUGGAGAGACUUUAUGUGAUGAGUGUGUCAAAGCCCUUACAAGACAUUCAUAUCUUAUUCAACAUAAAACAAUCCACACUGGAGAAAAUCCUUACCAAUGUAAUAUGUGUUGCAAAGCUUAUACUCAUUUGCAAGCCUCACCAGGCAUCUCAAAAUACAUACUGAAAACAAACAUAAGCCUCACAUAAGUGGCAAUGCUUUGGUCCAAAGCUCAAGGUUUAGGGGUCACCAGAGAUUUUAAAAAGUAGAAACUUUAAAGCAAUUCAGACAAAAUCUGUGCAUGUAUUCAAGCCUUACUUAACAUAUGGGAGUCUAUCAGGGAGAAAGAAGACAUACAGAUGGCCAGCAGACACAUGAAAAGAUGCUCACCAUCACUGAUCAUCAGGGAAGUGUAAAUCAAAAGCACAAUGAGGGGGCUUCCCUGGUGGCGCAGUGGUUAAGAAUCUGCCUGCCAAUGGAGGGGACACGGGUCCAAGCCCUGGUCCAGGAAGAUCCCACCUGCCAUGGAGCAGCUAAGCCUGUGUGCCACAACUACUGAGCCUGCGCUCUAGAGCCUGUGAGCCACAACUACUGAAGCCCGGGUGCCUAGAGCCCGUGCUCUGCAACAAGAGAAGCCACCACGAUGAGAAGCCCACGCGCCGCCACAAAGAGUAGCCCCUGCUCUCUAGCACCUAGAGAAAACCCGUGUGCAGUAGCGAAGACCCAAUGCAGCUAAAAAAUUAAUGAAUAAAAUUUUAAAAAAUCAUAUAAAAAAAGCUCAAUGAGGUACCACCUCACACCUGUUUACAAUGGCUAUCAUCAGAAAGACAAGCAUUGGCAAUGGUGUGGAGAAAAGGGAACCCUGUCCUCUAUUGCUGGGAUUGUAAGUUGGUGCAACAUUUACGGAAAACAUUACUGAAGUUCCUCAAAAAUUAAAACAGAUGAACCAGGUAUUGCACUUUGAAGUAUUUACUGGCAGAAAAGAAAAACAGUAAUUUGAGAAAAUAUAGGCAUUUGAAUAUUCAUUGUAACAUUAUUUCCAGUAGCCAAGAUAGAGAAACAGCCUAGGUGUCCUUCAAUAGAUGAACGCUUAGAGGAGAUGUUGUAUGUCCAUGCUGCACAGUGGAAUAUCAGUCACCCUUAAGAAAAGAAGUCCAGCCAUUUGCAACAAAAUGGGUGGAUCUAGAGGAUUUUAUGCUAAGUGACGUAAGUCAGGUGUAGAAAAACAAAUACUGCACGAUCUCACUUAUACGUGGAAUCGAAGAAGUAAAAGCACAAGACAAGGAAAACAGAUUCACAGAUAAAGAACAAAUGUGUGGUUGUUGCCAGAAGGAAGGGUGGAGCAGCAGCAGGUAAAAUAGGUGAAGGAGAUUAAGAGGCACAAACCUCUAUAUAAUAAGUCAUGGGGAUGUAAUAUCCAGCAUAAGGAAUGUGUUUAGAAGUAGUAUGGUAGUAGCUCUGAGGAAAGAUGGCUACACAUAUCAUUGUGAUCAUUUCAUAAAGUAUGCAAAUGUUACCUCACGUAGUACAGCCAAUACUAAUACUGUUGUAUAUCAAUUAUAUUUCAAUAAAAAGAGACUCCAUCAUAGAGAGAAACCAUACAAAACUUAUGUGGAAAAGCCUGUAACUAGGGCUCAUGCCUUACCUUAUAUCAGAAUAUACAUCUUUGAGAGAAACCAAACAAAUGUCAUGUAUAACUGCAUAGCAGGGUGAUAGUUCGAAAUAAUAUUAUAAUACAUGUUAGUGCAGCUUCUAUCAGAAAUAAUUUGUACCUUCUUUGUUCACACAAAAUACAUCCAACCUCGUAUGUUAAGGAUAGAAGAAAAGGAAAGGAGAAAAAGUUCUACCAAAACAUGACUUGAGUCACACAUGAGGAUUUCAUAAGUUUCAUGAGAUUCCUCUUGAAUCAGAGUCCUAUAUGGAGUCCUCAUCACUCAUAACACAUUAUGCUGAAACAGAGAAAUAAAACUUAAAUAAAUCCUACCAUUUAUUGAAGAAAAAGGAGGUACCCAGUGGUCUUUGGUCCACAGCAAAUGUGCAGUUUUGCUGAGCAGAUGUUCUCAGGUCCCUAUUCCAUACGGCCAGGAAUGGGAAAUGAUCUUUUCUGGACUCCGUCUUUUCCCCUGAGAAUGGAUAUCCAAUAUUUUGUGUUUUGUUGUUCUUCACUUAACCUAGUAACACCCAACAGAGUAUUUAUUACAAACUAUGCCUUCCUUGAGCAAUAGCACUUUUCCCCAGUACCUUCCCAGGACCUUUAGCCCAUGUGCCACAACUACUGAAGCCCACGUGCCCUAGAGCCCGUUCUCUGCAACGGGAGAAGCCACCACAACGAGAAGCCUGCGCACCACAACGAGGAGUGGCCCCUGCUCGCCACAACUAGAGAAAGCCCGCACACAGCAACAAGGACCCAAUGCAGUCAAAUAAAUAAAUAAAUGAAUAAAUAAACUUAUUAAAGAAAAAAAAACUACAGUGAGAUAUCACCUCACACCCCUUAGAAGGGCUAUCAUCAAAAAGCCAAGCGAUAACAAGUAUUGAGCAGAAUGUGGGAAAGAAAAAGGAUCACUAGUGCACUGCUGGGAAGAAUGAAAACUGUUGCAGCCACUAUGGAAAACAGUAUAUAAUUUCCUCAAAAUAUUAAAGAAAAAAAAACUAUCAAAUAAUGCAGCAAUUCCACUGCUAGGUACAUAUCGGACAAAAUAAAAUCACUGUCUUAAAAAGAUACCUGCACUCCCAUAUUCAUUAUAGCAGUAUUCACUAUAGCCAGCUCAUAGAAACAACCUAAAGUGUCCAAGAGAUGAAUGGAUUAAAAAAAAUCUAGCAGACACACACAAUGCAAUAUUAUUCAGCCACAGAAGAGAAGGAAAUUCUGUUAUUUGUACCAACAUGGACAGACGUUGAGAGUAUAUGCUCAGUAAAAUAAGUCAGACAUAAAAAGUAAUACUGAAUGAUCUCACUUAUAUGUGGAAUAUACAUAUAUAGAAGAACGAAAGAGACAAAAGCUAACAGAAGUAGAAGAAAAAAGUAUAUUAGAGAUAAAUGAAACAGAAUAAAAACUACAGAAAACCACAACCCUACAAUAUGGUGGUUUGAAAAGGACGAAAACACUGACAAACACCUAGAUUUACUCACAAAGAGAACACUCAAACUACUGAAAUCAGGAAUGAAAGAGGGGACAUCAGAAAUGAUUCUACAGAAAUCAAAAUAAUUCUAAGAAUACUAAGAACUAUUCUAUACCUAAAUGUUGGAUAACCCAGAAGAAAUGGAUACUCUCCUAGAAAAUAUAACCUCUCAAGACUGACUCAUGAAUAAAUAAAAAAAGUGAACAGACCUAUUCCUAUUAAGGAGAUUGAAAUCACUAAUCAAAAACCAUACAACAAAGAAAAGCCAGAUAGCUUCACUGCAGAAUUCUUCUCAACAUUUAAAAACAAUUAAGACCAAUCUUACUUUCACUCUUCAAAACAACUGAAGGAAAGGGAACAGUUCUAAACUCCCUCUAUGAGGCCAGGGUUACUCCAAUAACAAAGCCAGACAAAGACACUACAAGAAAACCAGAGGCUACAAUAUCUAAUGAAUAAUGAUGCAAAAAUCAUCAAUAAAAUAAUAGUAAACUGAAACCAACAGCACAUUAAAAGGAUUAUAUGCUGUGACUAACAGGGAUAUAUUUUUGAAAUAUAAGGAUGGUUCAACAUAUGAAAAUCUUUUGAUGUAAAACAGCACAUUAACAGAAUGACGGGAAGAAAACUACAUGAUCAUUUCUACUGAAAAGCAUUUGACAAGCAUUUCAUGAUAAAAACACUCGGUAAACUAGAAAUAAAAAAAACACUACCUCAACAUAAUAAAGGCCAUAUAUUAACAGCCCACAGCUACCAUCACACUUGAUGGGGAAUGACUUAAAGCUUUUCCUCUAAGAUCAGGCACAAGACAAGGAUACCUCCUUUCACUAUUUCUAAAAACUACUGAAAGUCCUAGCAAGGACACAUAGGCAGAAAUAUAGAUAGAAGGUAUCCAAAUAGAAAAAGGAAGAAGAAUUUUUUCUGUUUACAACCUACAUGAUCUAAUGUGUAGAAAAAACUGAAGAUUCCACACAAAAAAAAUCCUGCUGGAACUAAUGAAUGAAUUCAGAAAAAUUAGAAAAAUAUGUAGGUAUAACCUUAUCCAAGGAGGAAAACGUUUUUACACUAUAACCUAAAAACACUGCUGAAAAAUAUUAGAAAAGAUACCAAUAACUGCAAAUAUAUCCCGAGUUCAUGGAUCGGUAGGCAGUAUUGUCAAGAUGUCAAUACUACCCAAAGUGAUCAAUAGAUUCAACACAAUUCUUAGCAAAAUCCCAACAGCGUUUCUUGAAGAAAUAGAUAAAUCCAUCCUAAGAUUUAUAUGCAAUCUAAAGACCCUCAUAGCAAAAACAAGUUUGAAAAUAAUAAAGUUGGAGGUCACACAAUUAUUUCAAAAUUAUCACAAAGCUAAACUAAUCAAAGUGGCAGAGUACUGGCAUGAAGACAGAGAGACCCGUGGAACAGAACAGAUGUCAGAAAUGAACUCUUGUGUAUAUGGUCAAAUGAUGUUCCCCAAGGUGUCAGUACCACUCCAUGGGGGAAGGUCAGUCUACUGAACUAUGCUGAGAGGAGAUCAAGAUGGUGGCGUAGAAGGAUGUGGAGCUCAUCUUCUCCCACAAAUACAUCAAAAAUAAUCUCCACGUGGAACAAUGCUCCCAGAAUACUUACUGAAAGCUGGCAGAAGAUCUCAUACAACGAGAACUGCAAGAAAGAUCCCCACUUAACCGGUUCGGACAAAAAGGGAAGAAAGGAAUCAGGAUGGGAACUGCACCCCUGGGAGGGAGCUCUGAAGGAAGAAAGGUUCCCACACCCCGGGAAACUCCUCGACUGGCUGAGAGGUCCACCAGGACAGGGAGGGGAGCUUCCGACGCCAGAGAGGAGAGUGCAGGAGCUGGCCUGUGGCCAGGUAGGGGAGGGAGAGCAGCACAGCCAGUCCUUGCCGUGCUGCCGCAUCUCCCAGCCCAAGAUGUGUGCCUCCCGGCGUGCGCAGCAACUGGGUGCUGAAACUCGGGCCUCGGCGACAUACUCGGGGAGAGGAUUCGGUUUUGCUGUGCAGAGACGGCCCAAAGGUCCUGGAGUGUGGUCUGGGCCACGGCUGGGGUUGUGUGCAGGACAGAGUGCAGGUCUGCAAUAGGAGCCCACUAUCAAUGCACAAAGGGAGGGGCGUGGGUCUGCUAUAGCAGCCUCAUUGUCAGGGUGCUCAGAGGGGCACAGCUCUGGCCGUCGCAGGCUUUGGGAGUGCGCACAGGUGGCAGGUUUGGGGAGCGCACACGUGUCACUGGAGGGGCAUCUGACCCGAUUAUUGGUGCUCUGGCAGCAGGGUUGAGUUGGGGAAUGGCACCAGCAGCAGCGGACUUUGUGGGGUCACACACGCGGAGCUGGGGCUGAAUCUGAGCCUAUUACCAGUGCUCCUGCAGUGGAGGUGGGUGUGAGGGCAGCACCAGCAACCUGGACUUUGUGGGCGCACACACCGGGUAGCAGGCGGUGUCACAGAGUCACACAUCCCAGUGGAGAGCUACUGGGGAGGAAUACAUCAUAGCUCCUUUCCCAGCAGGGUGAUCCAGUCCUGCCUGCCUCACGUCACAGCUUAGAAUUGGACCUGGGGGCUUCUACCCCAACCAGUACUCCAACUACAGGGCUGUUACAACCACCGAGCAAAGAAGAGGCCCUGCCAAACAUCCACUGCAGGCUCUGGUCACGACAACAACAAACGUGCCACCUAUCAAGAGGACAGUGGCCAGCACACCCUGACGAAAGAUGUGGCAAGCGUCCAUAGCAAAAUAGCCCUUGCACCAAAAAGUUUGGACUCACACACACAGUCUAUUCAGGGAUGCUCCCGCAUAAAAGCAGCCCUUCAACAGUAGAUAACUGUUGCUCCUAAAUUCACAGAGAAAUAUAAAUAAAGUGAAAAAGCAGAGGAAUACUUCCAAUUAGAAGAACAAGAUAAAUCUCCUGAAACAACAAAAAAUUAAACAGACCUCUUCAGUCUGUAAGCCCCAAGUUCACAAAGGAGGUAAUAAAAAUGCUGAAGGUAUUAAGAAAGACUAUCAAAUAGAAAUGCAGAUCACUGUAGCAAGGAACUAGAAAACAUAAAGAGGAGCCAAACAAAACUAGAAAACUCAAUUGCCAAGAUAAAAACCGAACUAAAGGUAAUGAAUAAGGAAGGAGACAAAAUAAGGCAGAAGAACAAAUAAGUGAUCUGGAAGACAGAGUAACAGAAAUCACACAGUGAGAAGAGCUGAGAGACCUACACCAAGACAUAUUAAAAUGGCAAAAGUUAAAGAGAGGAUUCUAAAGGCAUCAAGAGAAAAAGUCAGUUACAAGGGAACCCCCAUAAGGCUAUCAGCUGACUUCUCUACAGAAACUCUUGCAGACCAGAAGGUAGUGGCAAGAUAUAUUCAAAGUCCUGAAAAGGACAAACCUGCAACCUAGAAUACUCUACCCAGCAAGAUUAUCAUUUAGAAUAGAAGAAGAGGUAAAGAAUUUUUCAGACAAGCAAAAACUAAAAAAAUACAGCAAUCCUAAACCCACCCUAAAAGACAUAUUGAAAAGAUCUUCUCUAAAUAGAAAAGCAAGAAUCUAUAGGAAAGGGAAAAAUCACAAUACAAAAGGCAAAUAUAUAAAAGGAUUGAAAAUCACAUAAAUGAGCCAAUUCAUAGAUUAAAAAACAAUCAAAAAAAUUUUAUGAAAGCAAUUAUAACUACAACGAACAGCAAAAGGAUAAACAUGAAGAUGUAAAAUAGGACAUCAAAAUCACAAAAUGUGAGGGUUAACAUACUUGAAAACCAGGGUAACCACAAAUCAAAAACAUAGAGUCACAAAAACCCAAAAGAAAGGAACUCAAGCAUAAUGCAAAAGAAAACUAUCAAACCACAAAAGUAAAAACAAAAAAGGAACACAGAAGAAAUACAAAAUUAACUGGAAAACAAGGUUUAAAAUGGCAGUAAGUACAUACUUAUCAGUAAUUAGUUCAAAGGUCAAUGGACUAAAUGCUCCAGUCAAAAGACACAUAGUGGCAGAUCACAAAAUAAAACAAGAACCUACAAUAUGCUGCCUACAAGAGACUCACUUUAGGGCAAAUAACACAUACAGAUUGAAAGUGAGGGGAUGGAAAAAGAUAUUUCACACAAAUAGAAAUGACAGGAAAGUGGGGGUAGCAAUACUCGUAUCAGACAAAAUAAACUUUAAAACAAAGGCCAUAAAAAAAGACAAAGAAGGACACUAUACCAUGAUAAAAGGAUCACUACAAGAAGAGGACAUUACACUUAUUAACGUAUAAGCACCCAAUAUAAGAGCACCUAAAUACAUAAAACAAAUACUAACAGACAUAAAGGGAGGAAUUGAAGGGAAUACAAUAAUAAUAAGAUGCUUUAAUACCCCACUAAUAUUAAUGGACAGAUCUUCCAGACAGAAAAGCAAUAAGGCAACAGAGAUCCUAAAUGACACAAUAGAACAGUUAGGCUUAAUUGAUAGCUACAGGAUAUUACAUCCAAAAAACCCAGAAUACACAUUCUUUUCAAGCACAGAUGGAAUAUUCUCUAUGAUACACCACAUACAAGGACAAAAAGUAAAUCUCAACAAACUAAAACGGAGAGAAAUUAUUUCAAGCGCCUUUUCUGACCACAACAGCAUGAAACUAGAAAUCACAGAAAGAGAAAUAGGAAGAAAACGAUUACACGCAGACUAAACAACAGGCUACUAAAAAACCAAUGCGUCAACGAUGAAAGCAAAGAGGAAGUCAAAAAAUAUGUUGAGACAAAUGAAAACAUAACCAUAAAAGAAACAUCUAUGGAAUGAAGCAAAAACAAUCCUAAGGGAAUUUCAUAGUGAUAGAGGCCUUCUUCAAAAAAGAAGAAAAAUCUCAACCUAAACUAUCACCUAGAAGAAUCAGAAAAAGAAGAACAACACCUAAAGUCAGCAGAAGGAAGAAAAUAAUAAAGAUCAGAGAGGAAAUAAAACAUAGUGAUAAAAAAUAGAAAAAAAUUAAAACAAUUGCUGGUUUUUUGAAUAGAUAAAAAUUGACAAACUUCUGACCAGCCUCACCAAUAACAAAAGAGGACCCAAACAAACAAAAUAAGAAAUGAAAGAGAAAUAACACCUGAUACCACAGAAAUACAAAAAAUCAUAAGACAAUACUAUGGAGUUAUAUGCCAACAAAAUCGACAACCUAGGAAAAAUGUACAAAUUUCUAGAAACAUACAGCCUCCCAAAAUUGAAUCAAGAAGAAACAGAUAAUUUGAACAGACUGAUCACUAGAAAUGAAAUAGAAUCUGUAAUUAAAAAAAAAAAAAACUCCCUGCAAAUAAAAGUCUGGGACCAGAUGGCUUCACUGGGGAAUUCUACCAAACAUACAAAGAACUUAUACCUACCCUUCUCAAAUUCUUCCGAAAGACUUAAGAGGAGGGCACAUUCCCAAAGUCAUUCUAUGAAGCCAACAUCGCCCUGAUACCAAAAACCAGAGAAAGACAAUACCGAAAAAGAAAAUUACAGGUCGAUAUCUUUGAUGAAUAUACAUGCAAAAAUCCUCAAAAAAUAUUAGCAAACUGAAUCCAACAACACAUAAAAAGGAUCAUAUACCAUGAUCAAGUUGGAUUCAUUCCAGGGUCACAAGGAUGGUUCAACAUUCACAAAUCAAUCAACGUGAUACACCACCAUCAACAAAAGAAAAAACCACAUGAUCAUCUCAAUAGAUGCAGAAAAAGCAUUUGAUAAAAUUCAACAUCCAUUCAUGAUAAAAACUCUCACCAAAGUGGGUAUAGAGAAAAUAUAUCUCAACAUAAUAAAAGCCAUUUUUGACAAACCCACGACAAAGGCAGCAAGAAUAUACAAUGGAGAAAAGACAGUCUCUUUAGCAAGUGGUGUUGGGAAAGUUGGACAGCUGCAUGUAAAUCAGUGAAGUUAGAAAAUUCCCUCACACCAUACACAUAAACUCAGAAUGACUUAAAGACUUAUAUAAGACAUGAUAUCAUAGAACUCCUGAAAGUAAACACAGGCAAAACAUUCUGACAGGGGCUUCCCUGGUAGUCCAGUGGUUAAGAAUCUGCCUUCCAAUGCAGGGGACGUGGGUUCGAUCCCUGGUCAGGGAACUAAGAUCCUACAUGCCGCGGGGCACCUAAGCCCACACGACGCAACUACUGAGCUCGCACGCUCUGGAGCCUGUGCGCCACAACUAGAGAGAGAAGCCCACACGCCACGACAAAGAGCUAGUGCACCUCAAUGAAGAGCCCGUGUUCCGCAACUAAGACCCAGGGCAGCCAAAUAAAUAAAAUAAUUAAUAAAAAGAAACAUUCUGACAUAAAUCGUAGCAAUAUUUUCUUAGAUCAGUCUCCCAAGGCAAAAGAAAUGAAAGCAAAAAUAAACAAAUGGAACCUAAUCAAACGUAUAAGUUUUGCAUAGCAAAGGAAACCAUCAACAAAACGAAAAGACAACCUAUAGACUGGGAGAAAUACUUGCGAACAAUUGUGUGACUGACAAGGGCUUAAUUUCCAAAAGUUACAAACAGGUCAUAGAAUUCAAUAUACAAAAACAAAAAAAAACAAAAAAAACCCGAUCCAGUCAAAAGUUGGGUGGAAGACCUAAAUAGACAUUUCUCUAAAGACAUACAAGUGGCCAAUAAGCACAUGAAAAGAUGCUCAGAAUCACUAAUUACUAGAGAAAUGCAAAUCACAACUACAAUGAGGUACCACCUCACACUGGUCAGAAUGACCAUUAUUAAAAAGUCUACAAGUAACAAAUGCUGGAGAGGGUGUGGAGAAAAGGGAACCCUCCUACACUGUUGGUGGGAAUGCAAGUUAAUGCAGCCACUAUGGAAAACAGUAUGGAGGUUCCUUAAAAAACUAAAAAUAGAGUUACCACAUGAUCCUGAAAUCCCACUCCUGGGAAUAUAUCUGGAAAAGAUGAAAACUCUAAUCCAAAAAGGAUACAUGCAUGCCAAUGUUCAUAGCAGCGAUAUUUACAAUAGCCAAGACAUGGAAGCAACGUACAUGUCCACUGACAGAUGAAUGGAUAGAGUGGAAUAUUACUCAGCCAUAAAACAGAAUGAAAUAUUGCGAUUUGCAGAAACAUGGAUGGACCGAGGGAUUAUCAUACUAAAUGAAGUCAGACAAAGAAAGACAAACGUUAUAUGAUAUUACUUAUAUGUGGAUCUAAAAAAUGAUACAAAUGAACUUAUUUACAAAACAGAAACAGACUCACAGAUAUAGAAAACAAACUUAUGGAUACCAAAGAGGAAAGAGGGGGAAGGAUAAAUUAGGAGUAUGGGAUUAACAGAUACACAAGGAUGGUUCAACAUAUAUAUACUACUAUGUAUAAAAUAGAUAAAAAACAUAUAUAUACUACUAUGUAUAAAAUAGAUAAAAAACAAAGAUUUACCAUAUAGCACAGGGAAGUAUAUUCAAUAUCUCAUAAUAACCUAUAAUGGAAAAUAACCUGAAAAAGUGUGUGUGUGUAUAUGUAUGUAUCUGUAUAUAUACAGAUAUAAAACUGAGUCACUUUGCUGUACACCUGAAACCAACACAAUAUUGUAAAUCAAGUAUAAUUCAAUAAAGUAAACAAGCAAACAAAUAAUUUGUAGAGUGAAUUAAAAAAAAAAGAUGUUGAGGAAACUAAAUAUCCACAUGCAAAGAAUGUAGU